AUGUCUGAAACGAAUCAUCAGAAAAGUUUUACCAUCAUCAGCAACAACAACAACAACAACAAUAACGAGGAGAAAAUGAAGAGUAACGCACCAACAACUACUAACAACAACAUGACUUCUUCUUUAGAAUUAUAUAGGACUCUCAGUCAAAGAAUUCGGGAUACGGAUAUGCCCAUGAUCAACAAGAUUGGUGGAAUUAUUUCCGAAGUGAAUCAAUCUCUUCAGCAAUCACAUGCCAUGAAGGAGAAUACAAAUCCUACUGCUUCAUCCAAUAAUAAUGAUGAUCAUAAUGUCGUGUAUAGUCUUUGCCAGGGAAUGGUGUAUUUCAAACCGCCAGAACAAGCCCUUCAAACACUCUUACAAGAUCAAUUGAUGAAUAGUUGUAAUCCAUCGGGAUCGGAAUUUAGAUUUAUUCACAAUUAUUGUGAGCAUGAUUUUGGACGAAGAGUGGUGAGAGAUAAAGUGAAGGAAAAAUUACAAAAGAUUAACAAGUUGGAAAAUGUAGAGGUUGUCUUGACAAGUGGUGCGAAUCAAGGGUUUGUGAGCGUCUUGUUGUCGUUGUGUGAUGUUGGAGAUUCAUGUUUACUGUUUGGCCCUUAUUAUUUUAAUCAUUUUAUGGCCUUACAAAUGUUUGGUGUGAAGCCAGUGAUAUUUGACUGUAAUGAAUCUGAUGGUUAUCAACCAGGAUGUGGACAUUGUGAUGAUAUGAGUCGAUUUACAGAAUUUUUCGAAAAUUUAAUGAAACAAACUGAUUCCACAACUGGCAAAUUGAAAAUGGUGGUCGUAACAACACCAUGUAAUCCAACUGGUGCUGUCUAUACACAAUAUCAAAUCGAUAUCAUUGGUCAAUUGUGUGAAAAAUAUGGUAUAUGGAUGGUCUGUGAUGAGACGUAUGAAUAUUUUGUUUACAAUGAUUCUGUAGACCAACAAUUACAUCAGACUACUGCUAACACCACAACAAAGAGUAAUUGUUAUCACUACACUCCUCAAGGAGAUCAUAUUAUCCAUCUUUACAGCUUUAGCAAAGCAUUUAGUAUUCCAGGCUGGAGAUUGGGCUAUAUUGCCUAUCCAAGCUCAAAUACUGAACUAGCUCUGCAUCUGAAUAAGAUACAAGAUACCAUUGUGAUUUCUUCUCCGGUUGUUUCACAACAACUUGCAUUCUGUAUUCUCAACAUGGAAGAAUUUGGAAAGCCAUGGGCUGAAGAGAAAAUUUCUACACUCAAACACAAUAGGAAAGUAAUUUGGGAGGCCAUCCAUGAUUUGUGUCAACUUGAAAAGAUGUCAGAAGGAGCCAUUUACUUUUGGGCAACAUUUCCUAAUUUUCUCCAUCAAGAACAUGUCACAAUGGAGAAAGAAUUUCAAGUGAUUGAGUGGCUCAUUAGAAAGCACAAAGUGGCUGUUCUGCCAGGAAGUUGUUUUGGUAAAACGGGAGGUUUUCGAAUUAGUUAUGCCAAUGUGAGCCAUCAAGUUUGUGAGAUUGCUGCAUCAAGACUGGGAAUUGCAUUGCAAGAGCUUGCAAAUGGCCAGUUUGAAAAGGAUGAUCUCGAUCAAUAUGUGAAAACAUUUAAGAACUUGAAAUUUUAA